ACCACUUCUCUAAACUUGAUUGAACACACAUAUAAACCCAUAACUAAAACAAAUCAUUCCCCUAUAAAUUGUAUUUAAUCAUAAUCUUUGUAACAAAACCAAACGACUAAUCAAAACCCAUAAUCUUUUAAAAUAAUACCAAACAUGUCCUUUAUGGAUCCUGAUCACCCAUCUUCCUCCUCUUGUAACAGGGAUUGGUUUUUCCCUUCUCCUUCUUUCAUUCAUUCAACUCAUCCUAUUCCUUCUUCAAGAACUCUAAAGCCUCCUAAAAAGUUCUACUCUUCAGCACGCCGUAGUGGCUCGCAGAAAAUAUCUUAUUCACUUGAACCGCCAUUAUCUCAGAAACCUAAUCCGAUUUUACCAUUGGAUAAUAGAUAUGGUGGAAUUCGAAGAAGAAUUGAUUUUGAUCGUACCAGAGACAAAAUGCAAAGAUCUGAUGAUGAAACCUUUAAUUCGACUCCGACGGAGAAGAAGAACUUGCUGGAAGAGAAAACUACUAGGAUUGUUGGGAGAUUAAAAAGUUGUUUCCGAUGGAAUCGACGGAAUUUGGUUUUCCCGGUUAUUAUCACAAUCUUCUUUUAUCUUCUACGCAAGAACUUUAUAUUGCAAGGACAGGUUAAGGAUUUAGAGGAACAGAUUUUAAUAUUAAAGUUGAGAUUACAAGAAUGUAAUUUACCGGGCUCUGUUCACAAUAUCAAUUCAAAUGCAGAAGAAAGUUUUAUAUCUACUGAAAGUUUGAGAACUUCAGCUUUGAUUUUCUCGUUAUUACUCUUAUCUACACCAUUUCUUAUUUUCAAGUAUAUUGAUUACGUUUCGAAAACUAGAAGAUCGUCAAAAGAAGUUUCCUUGAACAAACAGUUAGAAUAUCACGUGGACGUGUUUUUAUCAGUUCAUCCUUAUACAAAGCCGUUGGCGUUGCUAAUUGCAACCCUGCUGCUUAUAUUUAUUGGUGGGGUUGCAUUGUUUGGUGUGACUGAUGAUGGCUUAGCUGAUUGUCUAUGGUUGUCUUGGACUUAUGUUGCUAGUUCAGGAAACCAUGCGGACUCUGAGGGAAUUGGUCCAAGGUUAGUUUCAGUUUCUAUAAGUUUUGGUGGUAUGCUAAUAUUUGCAAUGAUGCUUGGACUUGUCUCCGAUGCAAUCUCCGAGAAAUUAGAUUCAUUACGGAAGGGGAAAAGUGAAGUUGUUGAGAGCAGUCAUACUUUAAUUCUUGGUUGGAGCGAAAAAUUGGGUACACUAUUGAAUCAGCUUGUCAUAGCCAAUGAGAGUUUAGGUGGAGGUACUGUGGUUGUAAUGGCUGAGAGAGAUAAAGAAGAGAUGGAACUUGACAUUGCCAAAAUGGAAUUUGAUUUUAGAGGAACAUCUGUUAUAUGCAGAAGUGGAAACCCUUGUAUUCUAGCUGACCUGAAAAAGGUUUCUGUCUCCAAGGCUCGCGCUAUCAUUGUGCUUGCUGAAGAUGGCAAUGCUGACCAGAGUGAUGCUCGUGCAUUAAGGACAGUUUUGAGUCUGACAGGAGUAAAAGAAGGGCUGAGAGGACAUAUAGUGGUGGAACUUAGUGACCUAGACAACGAGGUGCUCGUAAAACUUGUUGGUGGAGAACUUGUUGAAACUGUUGUUGCUCAUGAUGUCAUUGGCCGCUUGAUGAUUCAGUGUGCUCGACAACCAGGCCUUGCUCAGAUUUGGGAAGAUAUACUUGGGUUUGAAAACUGUGAGUUUUACAUCAAAAGAUGGCCUGGAUUGGAUGGAAUGUGUUUUGAAGAUGUAUUGAUCAGCUUCGCGGAUGCUAUUCCUUGUGGAGUGAAGUCGGUAGCUUGUGGAGGAAAGAUAAUUUUGAAUCCUGAUGACUCUUAUGUUCUACAAGAAGGCGACGAAGUUCUUGUAAUUGCUGAAGAUGACGAUACUUAUGCUCCAACCACAUUGCCAAUGGUUAAAGAAGCAUCAUUGAUAGAAAUUAUUCGGCCAACAAAAGAGCCACAGAAGAUUUUACUUUGUGGAUGGAGACGGGACAUUGAUGAUAUGAUAGUGGUAAGUUCUUUCUGCCAAGCUCCUAAUCGCUUCUUGUUUUUUGUUUUUCCUGUCUUGAUAAAACAGGUCUGGAGAGGGAAUCCACAGAAAGAUUUAAUGGUUCAGAAGUUGCAUGAAAAAAUUCUUUUUUGUGGUUGGCGCCGAGAUAUGGAAGAUAUGAUUAUGGUGUUGGAUGCAUUCUUGGCACCUGAAUCAGAGUUGUGGAUGUUCAAUGAAGUUCCAGAAAAUGAUAGAGUUAAAAAACUUACUGAUGGUGGUCUGGAUUUCGACCGUUUAAUGAACAUUACUUUGGUUCAUCGUGAAGGAAAUGCUGUUAUUCGGCGCAACUUGGAAAGUCUCCCCUUGGAGACCUUUGAUUCUAUUUUGAUUUUGGCUGAUGAGUCAGUCGAAGAUUCAGCAAUCCAAGCUGAUUCAAGAUCUCUUGCCACAUUACUGUUAAUCCGUGACAUCCAGGCAAAGCGUCUUCCUUAUAGUAAAGAAACCCCGGUUCAUAGAGAAGCUUUCUCAAAGGUUUCUUGGAUGGGUGAAAUGCAACAAGCUUCAGAUAAAUCAGUCAUCAUAAGUGAAAUUCUUGAUCCGCGGACUAAAAAUCUAUUAUCCAUGUCGAAAAUCAGUGACUAUGUUUUAUCAAAUGAGCUGGUCAGCAUGGCAUUAGCUAUGGUUGCUGAGGAUCGCCAAAUAAAUGAUGUGUUAGAAGAACUCUUUGCUGAGGAGGGAAACGAGAUGCAUAUAAGACAAGCCAAUCUUUACCUUCAUGAAGAGGAGGAAUUGAAUUUUUUUGAAGUACUGUUACGUGCUCGGCAGAGGAAAGAAAUUGUGAUUGGGUACCGGCUCGCAAAUGCAGAGCGAGCUGUUAUAAACCCUCCUAACAAGAGUGAGCGGCGAAAUUGGUCAUCCAAAGAUGCUUUUGUUGUGAUUGCUGAAAAAGAAUGAAAGUAUUCUAUUUGUUUAUUUUUGAAAGUUUCAAUUUGAGAAAUGUAAAUACUUAUAUGCACAGUGGUGACCAAAAGUUUGGUCCUUCACUCAGCUAAAUGGCCAAAAAAUUUCCACAUUGACUGCA